GAAACGCGCCCGGACGCCAGGGGGCGGGCGAUCUCGCCAGAUUGAAAGAUGGCCGCCGCCGCUCCGCCGCCACCGCCCGGGAGGUUCCCGUAGGCCCCCUCGCUCCCGCUCCUGGCCGCGCACCGCAGCCGCCUGCUUACCAUGAAGCCUGUAAGCCGCCGCACUCUCGACUGGAUUUAUUCCGUGCUGCUCCUGGCGAUCGUGUUACUCUCCUGGGGAUGCGUCAUCUAUGCAUCCACGGUCUCCGCUCGCAGACAGCUGAGGAAGGACUACCCAGACCAAAGCUUUCUUCGCGAAGAGUGAACAUUUGUAAUUACU